CAAUUAGUUACACGCCGCAGAUGCGAUCUGUGAGGUUUCGCCCUGCCGAUAGACUCGUGAUAUCGUGAACAGAAAGAGGAGUAAUCGAUCACAAGAAUGCCUCGAAAACGGCGCGUCUCGACAUCGUCGUUGGAGGACUAUCCUUCUGAGGAAAAAUAUAUGAAGGAUGACAUGGACGGUCGCGCUCCGCGAAACGCUGCAAACGCCCGUGAAAGGGCAAGGAUGAGAAUUUUAUCAAAAGCUUUUUGCAGACUGAAAACGACGUUGCCUUGGAUUCCUGCCGAUAGCAAAUUAAGUAAAUUGGAUACCUUGCGUCUGGCUGCGACGUACAUUGCUCAUUUGCGAGCAGUACUUCGAGAUGAUGGAGACGCGCAUACUGAAACCACCAAAUCUUUGUCUCUGGCUUUGUCGUGGCCAUUCGCCAUUCAAAGCAACAACGCGGCCACGCUUAUGAACAACAGUUGCAACGUGUCCUCCUCGACGUCUUCGAGCUGUAAUCAGUAUCGAGGACAGCAAGAGACUCAUGAUAUCCAAAACUACCAUCAUUCAGGUCAUCAGGGCGUGUCGGCGCGUCAUAAUCAGGAGCAACAGCUCUCUUAUUACUGACAAAAAAUUCUGACAAUCCAAUCAGAGCUUAACUAUAACGAGCGAUAUCUACGAAGAACUAUCCCCAACUGAGUUAAACGACGGUAUUCACGCUAUCGUGUAUUCACGCCUUAUUUAUUCCAGAGUGCCUUACUCUAGUAUUUAUUGAUUUAAUCUUAAUGUAUCUUAAUUAUGAUUGCACCCUCCACUUGUGCGACAAGGGAAUGAAAUAUUCCUGUCUCGACUGUAUGCAUUUUUUAUAUAUCGAAGAAAUAUAGUCUGUUUUGCAUAUUUUUAGAAGUUUUAAAGUUUUAAGAAACAAAAUUAUACGAGUGAAAUAAGUAAAAUCAUUUUUGUUCUAUUUCACAAGGAGAAGAACAAAUAUCGAAAAUUUAAUCUAAAGUUCUCGAUUAAUUUGACCCCGUGAAGGGAUAUCAUACAUUCGCGAAGAGACUGUUUCCUUGUGUCAUACACUCAAUUUUACUGCAAUUAUAUCAUAUAUUAUUGUAAUCAUGAUUGGUACCAAAGCAUGUUAACUAGUCCAAUAAAAAUGUUUCUAAGAUUUUCAAAAAUUUCUUUUGUAUAUUAUUCAAUACAAUAUUAUAUUAAUUUAGAUCAUUAUAACAAUAUACAGAGUAGUAAAAUUGUAUCGAUAAGCUUUAUCGUUGGAAUUUAUAACGAUUUUUCAGAUUAAAGAUACAGUAUGUUAAA